AUGAAAUCAGCAGCUGCACCACUCCAACCACAACGCGAGCCAGUUUUGGAAAGUGUGGAUGGUUCGCUUUGUUAUCAAGGGUCACGAAAUGCAUCAUUUUGGGUGGCGCACAAGGCGUUGGCUUCCUUAGAGGACAACCUGCUCAAGGACUGGGCAGCCACCAUCAACCUUGGCCCGGGCGUCACGGCCCUCCAGCUAGAGCUGCUAUCUGUCAAGGCAAUUCUUGAGUCCACCCUAGGCAAGGUGAUACACAACUCAGCGCUUGAGCACUGUCUAAUGAUGCUUCAAGACCUCGUAUAUGACGCUGAGGAUGUGGUGGACGAGAUGGAAUACUUUCACAUCCAAGACAUGCUAGACGCCAGCCAGCAUGCCGAAGGUUGCGCCCACAACCUGGACCUUAAUGUGUUGCCAUCUAUUCAUGAUGAACCACCAAAGUUGAGAUUUGAUAGGGACAAUGCCUCCCGAAGAAUAGAACAUAUUGUAGAGCAAAUGCAGCUCAUUGAAAAGAAGUUCUCUAGUGCUAUUAAACUAUUAGGUUCUGACUGGAGCACUACCCCAAACAUUGCACAAAAUCGCCCCAUCACCAUCUCUGAAAGUAUAGAGCCAAAACUGUAUGGGAGGGAGCUUUUGAUGAAGAGGAUCAUAGAUGAUAUCACAAAGGGUAAACACUGUCAUGGCGUCCUCACAGUUAUUCCAAUUGUUGGUCCAGGGGGCAUAGGAAAGACAACUCUUGCACAACAUAUAUAUCACAAUGGAGAAGUACAAGAACAUUUUGAUGUCAGAGUUUGGACAUGUGUCUCACUCAAUUUUAAUGUGAAUAAGCUGAUAGAAGAGAUUCAAAGAUAUAUCCCUAAAGUUGAUCGUGAAAGUAGUAAUGGUACUGCUAGUGAGUUGAUUGGGCAAAGAUUUAAAAAUAAGAGGCUUUUGCUUGUAUUAGAUGAUAUAUGGGACUGCAGUGAUGAGGAUGAAUGGAAACAGCUAUUGGUGCCAUUCAAAAAAUCACAAGUACAAGGUAAUAUAAUUAUAGUUACAACUCGAUUUCCAGCACAAGCACAAAUAAUGGUUCGGAAAAAUGAUCAUUCAAUAUAUUUGCAAGGUAUAGAAAAAAAAGAAUUUGAGGAAUUCUUCCUAGAAAUUAUCUUCGGUGAUGAUGAUCAAUCUAGAAAGGAGCAUAGAUUCUUGCUAGAAACUGGGUUUAAGAUAGCUGGUAGACUAAAGGGCUCCCCUCUUGCAGCUAAAACUGUUGGUAGAUUGUUGAAAGCCCAUCUUGACUUGGUUCACUGGACUCGAAUCUUAGAAAAUGAUGUAAACUGGAAAACAUUUCCACCUAUAGGAGAUUUGUGGUUAGUAGAUGUGCCCCGUGAGGAAAUCUCAAUCAAUAUCCCUGAGAAGAGGUUUGGAAAUUUGAGAAGGCUGGAACUUAUACACUUGUCAGGGUUGAAAACAUGGGCUGUACAUGCCCCCUGUCAAUUGUUUCCUUAUUUGGAAGUGCUUAUCAUUUGGGAUUGCUCUCAACUUGUGGAAUUGUCAUUUUCACAUUCUGCCGGUUGUUGUCAACAAGGGAAAGAUGCAAAUGACAAUUUAUUUCCUAGACUGAAGGAGCUCAAGAUUAAGAGAUGUCCACAACUAUUGUCAUUUGCACCCAUUCCUUGGACUGAAGCUCCGUGCGACAUUGAAAUAAAAGGAAUUUCAUCUCUUGAUAGAUUGGUUUAUGGAAAAGAAAAGAGUUAUUUGACCAUUGAGGGAAAUAAUAAGGAUACAAAUGAUAGCACGGUUUGGGAUGUGCUAGCUUUUCAUAAUCUAACUGGACUGGAGGGCUUGUGCCUGUACUGGUGCCAAUCUCUGCCACUGCAUUACUUACAAAUGCUAUCAUCCCUAAGGACCCUACGUAUGUCUUAUCCGAGUAAUGUCUUUCCACUUGUUGAAGCUGACAGCCAUGUCAAAUACCAGUUUCCAGUUGAAUCGCUGGCCAUCGAGGGCGUGUGGAGUCCUAGUGGGAAAGAGUUGACACAGCUACUUGUCUACUUCCCAAAGCUCUCAGAUCUGGAGCUGUGGUUCUGUGCAAAGCACGCAACAGAGACGCCCGGAACAACAACUUCAGCUAACAAAGAGGAUCAGCAGCAGGAUGCAAGAGCAAAUGUCGACGUAAUAGUCGCAUCAGAAGAAGCAGAACAUGGCCUAUUGAUUUUGCCUCCCCAACUGCAGGACCUGGAGAUCCAUGGCAGCCCAAAGCUGCGACUCCUUGGCUCCAAUCCACAUGACGACAGCAACAAAGAUGGACGAACUGGGCAAGGAGGAGGCCUCCGGGGUCUAAGCUCCCUCCGAAGGCUGGAAAUCGAGAAUUGCCCCGAGCUCCUGUCCUCAUACUCUUCUUCAUCCUUCUCUUCUUCUUUCCCCUUGCCCAACUCCCUGGAACACCUUAGUAUUUCAGGAGCGAUGGGCACGGGGGCUCAACUGCCUCUAUCAAACCUCACUGCUCUCACAAGUUUAUCCAUAUACCGAUGUGGGGAUUUAAGAGGCGAGGGACUGUGGUCUCUCCUCGCCCAAGGCCAUCUCAACGAAUUAUCUGUUCAAGGAACGCCCAAUUUUUUUGUUGAUUCCGAACAGGAGAUUCCAUCCUGUUCCUCAAAACUGCAGAGGCUCGAAAUAGAUGAUGUGGCUGGAUUCACUGCUGCGGCCAUUCGUCAUAGCCUGCUCUUUUCCUCGCUCACCGAAUUGUGUAUUUGUGUGGAUCACAAGGUGAAGAGCCUCACAGAGGAGCAAGAGGCCCUUCUGUUUGUCGACUCCCUCGAGGAUAUCACAUUAAGUGGCCGGCACAACCUGCAGUCCCUCCCUGAACGGCUACCUAGACAUCCCAACCUCAAGAGGUUACACAUCUUGACGUGCGGAGCAAUCCAGAUGCUGCCCAAGGAGGGCCUCCCAAGUUCACUGCAAGAGUUGGAUAUCAUAGACUGUCCAAAAAUCCAGUCACUGCCCAAGGUGGAUGACCUUCCAAGCUCCCUGCGAUAUUUAAAUGUCCGUUACAGCGGAAGCGAGGAGCUAAGGAGACAGUGCCGCAAGUUGAUAAAUAUCAUUCCAAUAGUCCAAGUCUGA